UACACGUUACGUAGCAGCCGGUUGCCCAGCCACCACGCAGUCAAAUUGCCUCUCUUCUGUCUUUCUAAGGCCUAUCGUCAUUUGUUAUUCAUCAUCAGGUGUAAUUGCUGCUCACUGCAUGUUCUUGGGCACGUGACUACCUUGUUUAAUAAGUAGGUGCUUACAUAAAUGGAAAUUACUAACACUAAUCAAACAUUUUAUUGUUUUCGGUAAUGAAUAGUUUAAGAACAUGAUAAGAUGAUAACCAAUAUUGAAGUUUAAGUUUUAAUCAAGCCUUUGUAGUGUAUUCACAAUUACUUAAAUGUGGGAGAUUAUGGAAUUUCCUUAAUAAAGUGACUGUAAUAUUAGGAGCGAUGAAGCGAUGUCUGAAGGUUAAAGGAAUACUUUAUGUCUUCCUAGUCGCAUUUACACUAAGCGUAGAUUUCACGAGUGCGCAGCUAAGGGAAAAUGGCACGAAACACUACAAUAAUGAAAGACGCCUUAAAAAUAAGUCACAAAAACAGAAACCGUGGGACGUCGAAACUCUACAAAAUGAUGGAAAACUUUACGAGAGAUCACAGGACAACGUAUCAGUCCUGAAUAUUGUAGAUCAGGCAAUGGCCGUGAUGAAUGCUCGUCGAUAUCAUAGCAAUAUACCUUACGAGAAUACUAAACUGUGUCACAUUAUAGCUUCUACAUAUCUUGCUUCUGUCCCAGAUUUAAGAAGACACUACAAUUUACGGCACUUCUAUCAAGGAAACUUAGAGUAUGAAGUGGGAUACUUGGUGAACGAGAUAUUGACGAAAUAUCAAAGGAUGCUAGAAAUAUUUCACAUCGCACAAAGCCGAUUUUAUAACCACCAAAACGAAAAUUUUAUUACAAGCAACUACAUGCUGUAUUUGUAUACGAACGUACUGACGCUGGGCAAGGGGACUGGGUCACUGUGUAACUCAUUAACUGAACUGGGAAUCAAGUACAAGGGUCUACCAGCGACUGGCUUUGAAGAUUAUCACAUCAAGAAGAAGAAAAAAACACGCAGACCACACUCAUCGUUUACAAUGCCUAGGAAAUAUCAGGAUGCUGUAGAUGAGUAUGAAAGAAAAUUGCACCAAGGAAAGAAGCGUAGGAGACGAAAGCGUAAGAGAGACAGAUUUGGGAACCUGUACAUUGGAUACGUGCCGACCCGUCCGCCGUGGAAAAACAACUUCAGGUUAGUCUACUAUUUGUGAGGCACUAGCAAACCUGGCGAACUGGGUGUCUUCAAGGCCCGAGUGAAUAUGUUGCUUAUGGGCAGACGUGCUCCACCGUAGGCCGCAUCAUCACUUACCAUCAGGUGAGAUAGCGGCCAAACGUCGACCCAUAAAUGUAAAAAAAAGAACUCGGCCACCAAUGAUUUUCCGUUUUCCUGCUUUUUAACUCAAGGGGCAACUCUUUGUCUGACCUACAAUUUGUGGAUCAGACAAAGAGUUGCUCCUUGCGGGAAUCGAACUCGCUACACGUUGCGUGGCAGCACGUCCAGCCUCCACGCCAUACUUGCAGCCAAUAUAAUGCACGCCUCAAACAUCACAUUAGUUAUUUACAGGAUUGUAAAAAAGUCAUGAUGGAGAAUGUUAACGUUUUUAGACAUUGUGUAACUAUGAAGCCCUCGAUGUAACGAAUUGAUCUGUAGGUAUAGGUACUUAGUUUUGUCGUACAAUCAAAACUGACCAAAUUAUAUGCAUCUAGGGUUUUGAUGACUUAAAUUUCUCAUACAAAAUUAACGUUGUACUGUGACGUCAUAGUACAACGUCUCAUAUAUUGUAUUUCUUUUUUAAUUUAGUUAUAAGUUUGGUUAUCACCUAACAAAGUUGUAGCUCUUUAAAUA